AAAUCGCGUAAGGCUAGAGGAUAAACUCAUUUUGAUUUACAGUGAGCCAAAGACCCCCUUUUGGAAUUUUUAGUUGAAAAAGCUGAGGCGCCGGACUCGUCAGCUUGUCUACUUUCCUGUCAAGGAAAAUAACAACUUUGGUGUCGUCGAUCAGUUCUCUUGUGUUGAUGGAAAGCAUGGGCCAAUUGGUGAGAAGCAAGUCAAAGCAAGCGUUGCUCUUGUGGCUUGACGGCGUAAGAGAGGCUUGCUGUCUCCACCGUGUCAUCAUCUACUCUCUCAGGUCAAAACAGCUUGCCAUCCGUACGGGUCAGUGUUUUCUGUUGAAUGGAUUCAUCUUCUUAGGAAGUAUCUUUGUUCUGAAAUCAGUUAUCAUCCCUGCAUUGGAAUGGAUAUUACAUGGUCAUUGCCCACAAAUCAAUUUGCAGGAGUCAUGUUCAUUUAGCAAUAUUUUGGAGUUCUAUCGAUUCUUACAUGCUGGACUCGUACAACUUUUUUAUGUUUUCUGGUUCUACCCAUUGUACAUAUUCAGCCUUAUUCUCAGCAAUAUCUGGUACAAUGACAUUGCUAAACAUGGUUUUUUUGCUUUGGAGAAUUAUGGGGCUCAUGAUAAAAAGUUAUCUGAUCAAAAGGAGUUCCAAACUUCGCAAAACACAGUUCAUAGGGAAAAAUCAACUGAUCUUGAAGGAGCUAUGUUCCUGCUACUCACCAGUUGUGAGUUUUAUUUUGUUUCUUAUUUUAUGUAGGGUUAUGAUCAGUAUAGCAGAGCAACUUUAUUCGGUCCUCUUACUGACUUUUUUCUUUGUGGAGGUUUAUGUUACUGGAUUUAUCCCUUACAUCGGGAAAGCUCUAAAUUUUAUGCUUCUGUCAUGGUUGUAUGCAUACUAUUGUUUUGAGUAUAAGUGGAAUCUGUCUGGACUAAGCUUAGACAAGAGGCUGGACUUCUUUGAAUCAAACUGGGCAUUUUUUGCUGGUUUUGGAAAUCCCUGUGUCCUGGCAAUAUUUUUAUUCUCUCCGCUAGUGAGCUGUGGGGUUAUGGCUAUAUUGUUUCCACUGUUUGUUUUGACUGCAACAGGCUCGGAAGCUGACAAAAUUGUUGCCUUACCUAGAAGAAAAUGGAAAGGUGCUGGAUUGGGAAGGGUACCAAUAUUUUUCAUUGCUGAUUACAUGUCGAUGCGAGUCUUGAAACUCUUUUCUCUGAAAUCACGCCAGCAAAUGAAAGAGAACAAGGCACUCUGAAAUAGAACUAACAUGUUUGACCUACUACCAACGCUCCAUAACCAUGCAUAACCUGUAUUUUAUUUUGUGAAAUUUGCAUUCGUGUGGGUCAAACAAUGUUCCUCACUAAUCCAUGAUCACAAUAUGAGCAUGUGCUUGUAAUUUAUCAUUCAUUAUGGAAGAGAGCAAGUGUAAUAACUCAUUUUUUUUAAAUAAGGGUUUGUUUGGUAA